UUAGCUGUUACACACACACACACACACACACACACAUAUAUAUAUAUAUAUAUAUUGUGUGUGCAUGCGUGCGUGUAUGUGUGUAUACAGGGUGUCCCCCUGAUAUUUAAAAUAAAUAUUUAAAAAUAUUUAUUUAUUUUUAUUUUUAAAAUUGAAUUAUUGAAUCUAUUUCAAUAUAAAUCAGAAUUGUCAUUAUAAUGUUUAAUUGAAUAGUAGGAAUUUUGAAAACAAAAAUGAAUAAAUAUUUUUAAAAAUUAAUGAUAUACUUAGGGCCAAUUUCACCACCUUCGUGCACGCGCGCGCGCGCUAUUUGUCCAUACAUGACUUUGGUAUAUUUCAAACUUUUUUUGUUAAUAACUUUUUAAUAAGCAACGAGCGACAAUUAAAUUAGAAGACAAAAUUACUCAGAAUUAUGUCCUUGACAACAUAUAUAAGUCAUUGAAAUCGGUAUAGUCGUCUUUAAUCUUAAGUUUUACCAAUCCCUCUCCCGCCAUAUCAUUAUUACAUUAGUUUUUUUCGUUUUUCAAGGCAAAUAUGAACCAACAAACGUUUUAAUUAGUUUUUCCGUGACCAACAAACGAUUGCGCAUCGAUUGAACUAAGAUUAAAACAAAAAUAAUAUCUUCCGGCUAACUUCACAUAAAAUUUUAUUUUCGUAUUCUCAAAAAAAAAAAUAUUAACAACAAACAUUGUAAUUAGGCCAACAAUCACCAACAAGCGAUUCGUAAAAAAAAAAUUAUAAAAGUGAAAAUUGAUCGGCUAACUUUAUGAAGCUUUACAAAGUCUGAUUAAGGACCAAUUUCAUCACCUUCGGUUAGAUUAAUCGACGGCAGGGUGGCAACUGAAAUGAUAAGAAUGCUUGGUUUUCAUUCACCUUUAUUUUCUGUUGCCACCCUGCUGAUUUUAACCGUAGGUUAACUUAACCGAAGGUGGUGAAAUUGGCUCUAAAAAAUAUUCGUAACUAACAGUCAUAAUGCAUAAAUAAAUAAACGCAUCGCGUCUAGUUAUUAUUAUUGGACUCGAAAGCGGCUAUCUUCAAGUUUGCAUGUACACUAGUGCAUAUUAUACUAGUUAAGCUAAAAAAAGAACAAACCUUUGAUCGCAAAUUAUUCCUUGUAAUAUAUCCUCUCAGAAAAGAUUUUAUCUAUAUGUUUUAUAUAUCUAAUGGGUGAAGUAAACCACCGGGAUCUGCUGCCAGACAUAUCGGAGCAGAUGAAAACAAGCGAUGCUCAAGAGUGAAGGUUCGCAUUUCUUGGUUGAUUGCUAUUUUUCGAGAGAGGUACGCAAGAAGGAAGCGAACGAGAAAUCGAUUCGCCGUCGUCGUCGUCGUCCUGUUGUUACUUCCAGGAGAUUUUGAGUGAAUCCUAUAACGUGAUUCAUCUCCUUUCUUUAUUUCCUAUACUCGCCAGGACGUCCAAUCAACGGGAACGAUGUAAGUAUUCUCCUCCGGCAGAUCCGUUCCCCGAUCGCCACAUUGGGGAUGUUGGCGCGAUCAUCCGCAACUGCCACCAUCGUCGACGGCGAUCACGAGCGGCCCGGUUCCGUAAUAGACAUAGUAGCGAAGGGAGUGCCCUUUCGAAUCCUUAGGAGAUGUCUUACAGCGAUGGUGCACGUCCGAUACGAAAAUUUGGCACGAAAUCGCCGAAGAAGCUGUGUGUGACCACCAAGAGCGAGAACGGCGAGAAAACCACGACGUCGGUGAAUUGCAGCGGUCAUCAUCACAAUCACUAUCAUCACAGUCAUCAUCGCUUCCUAGAUCCCGGCCCGCAGCCAUCGGUGCACAAGCGUAAUCUCUACGUUGUCUCCUUCCCGCUGAUACUGCUGUUUAAUGUGCUACGGACUCUGCUAUACCAACUGUUUAUGGUGUUCAAGUAUCUGUAUACCUCUACAUCUCAGCUGAUUCAACGUAGACAAGCGUCCAAACAGGUCUGCCAGUUAGAGAUUGUUGUUGGGCAAAAGCCGACGGAUGGUCGUUUGACCAACAGUGGUCAAGUAGAGGGAGAGAUCAUGUCGCAAGUGCCUAGACGUCCAAUCGGGCCAGGUCCCGGAGAUCCAUUGCUUGCCAAACAAAAGCAUCAUCAUCGCAGAGCAUUCGAGUUUAUCAGCAAGGCACUCAAGAUUGAUGAGGAUAAUGAAGGGCAGAAGGAAAUGGCGAUCGAGUUAUACAAGAAGGGAAUUGGAGAACUUGAAAAGGGAAUAGCUGUAGAAUGUACUGGAGGGCAUGGCGAAGUAUGGGAGCACGCGCAAAGACUUCACGACAAAAUGUGUACAAACUUGGCAAUGGCGAAAGACAGGCUUGAUUUCCUCGCGAGUGUGUGUGAGCUGAGAAAGCUGGGUAUCAACAAUCAAUAUCGCGCUCCUGGAAAUAAAACGGACGGCAAACAUUUGGGAAAGCAUCUGAGGGCUCGCCGCAAUAUACACACUUUUCAAACCGCUCAAACUUCAUUUAACGCUAAUCAUAAUAAGAACACGAACAAUAUAAACGCGACAGUUAAUAGUGGGCAGACCAUAUGUACCCAAAUUCCCAAGCUAAAACCACGUUCGCCAAAAAACUGUCAUACUACUGAAGCAUCCGGCAGGAAAUUGUCAGUUCCUGGCAAACGAAUAACGGGAACAUCUCUAAGCAAGAGUCAGACAUUGCCAAGAAGCAUGGGUAGAUCGACGCCUAUUCAACCUUGCCAUAGGACCAUGCCAAUCAAACCAUCAUCCACACCACCUUCUGUAAAAAGACAACUGUCCGUACCAGGCAAUGGUUCACCUAUACGACGCCCAGGGACACCCACUACCUCGAACAGUAACAGAAGUACUCCAACUAGGAAAGUACCUAUCUUAAAAGGCGUGGAUCCAAAACUUACGCAAGUGAUUCUCGAUGAAAUUUUAGAAGGAGGAGCACCAGUACAAUGGGAAGACAUUGCUGGCCAAGAGACUGCAAAACAAGCUUUACAAGAGAUGAUAAUUCUACCGUCACUACGACCUGAACUAUUCACCGGUUUGCGAACACCUGCUAGAGGACUGUUGUUAUUUGGACCGCCGGGGAACGGAAAAACGUUGCUGGCGCGUGCUGUCGCAACUCAAUGCAACGCAACGUUUUUUUCAAUUUCGGCCGCUAGUCUGAUGUCCAAAUACGUCGGAGAGGGUGAGAAAUUAGUAAGGGCUUUAUUCGCGAUUGCACGUGAAUUACAGCCAUCCGUUAUUUUUAUCGACGAAGUAGAUUCGUUGUUAAGCGAGCGAAAAGAUAAUGAACACGAAGCUUCCAGGAGAUUAAAAACAGAAUUCUUAGUCGAAUUUGACGGUUUGCCUUGCAAUCCCGAGGAAAGAGUACUCGUUAUGGCUGCUACAAAUAGACCACAAGAAUUGGAUGAAGCUGCUUUAAGAAGAUUCACGAAACGCGUAUAUGUUACAUUGCCAGAUUUGCAGACAAGAAUUAUAUUGCUUCAGAGGCUCUUAGCCAAGCACAAUGAUCCAUUAACACCUGAAGAAUUGAACGAGAUGGCAGUUCUGACAGAGGGAUACUCGGGAAGUGAUUUGACUGGUUUAGCUAAGGAUGCAGCACUUGGGCCUAUCAGAGAACUGAAUCCAGAUCAGGUGAAAGAAUUGGACCUUAAUUCUGUUCGUAAUAUCACAAUGCAAGAUUUUCGUGAUUCUCUAAGAAGAAUUCGUAGAUCUGUUUCGCCGGCAAGUUUAACUGCUUAUGAGAAAUGGAACUUCGAAUACGGAGAUGUGAGUCUUUGAUUUAAAGUGAGUUGUAUGGGCUCUUGAAAUAAUCACGUUUUGAAUUAAAUAUAAUCUGCAAAACGGAAUUACAAAUGUUCCGCAAAAUAACUAAAAAGAAGUGUGUAAUAUCGAAUGUCUCGAUAUAAAAACAAUUUUUGCACUUUUAUUCAAUUUCAAUGAAUGAUAUAUUGAUGUUUAUAAAGAGGACGGCAGCGAAGAUAAAAAAGAUAUGUUCUUCAAUUCCUAAGAUACUUUUGUCUUAAUAACAAAGAAGUUACUAGAUUUACUUGUAUUGUUAUUGCAUCCAGCGUUGUAAAUGUAGUUAUUCGAAUCUUGCCUUAUUUUUACAUUAGAUUUAAUCUUUUGCGACAAAUAAAACUUACAUUUUUGACAGUGAUUUAAAGUAAAAUGUAUCUCGAAGAUAUAUUCCAUAUUAAUUUUACGAGAUACAAUACUCCAUGCCUCAUUUCUAGCUAAUGUUCAAAUAUUUUCAGUACGUACAAAAAAAAAUCAAAAAAUAAGGUUCACAACUCGUAUACUUUUUUAAUAGUUAACUUUUGGUUCAGUACUUACGUCUCUUAAAUAAAUACAUCCUUACACAACAUAAUCACCUUUUUCGACACAGUCACGUUUUUCAUUGAGGCACUUGUCGAGAUCGUAGGAGACAUCUAUGCAUCAAAAUAUCGUGUCAAUAAAAAGUUAAAUCUUAUUGAUACAGCUACUUCUGCAUAUGCUUAACAUCAUUCAAUUGGAAUCAGAUUUUCACCUGUUUUCACACUGAAAAAGGCACCUUCGAGCAAUUCCAAUCAGAUGAUGUCAAGCAUGAAGUGCAAAAGUGGCUACAUCAAUAGAAUCUAACUUUCUAUUGAUAGAGUUUUGAUAUGUGAAUUCAUUGCCUAGACAAGUAUUUCAAUAGAGAAGAAGACUAUUAAAAAAUAGUAUGAGCACGUUCAUAUUUGAGAGACUUUAGUCUUAGAGACUAAGUACUUUAUCAAGAAUUAAAUAUUAAAAAAUACGCGAGGGAUCUUACUUUUUGACUUCCCUUAAUAGCUUUAAUGUUAGCAUUCCAAAAUCAAAAAUAUGUAUUUAUUAUUUAUAUUAUUUAUAUAUUUAUUAGCUCCAUGUGAUUCUCUCAAUUUCUUAACGAUAACUAGUCUUUGAAAUGUAUGAUAUUCAUUUGUUAUAUGAUAAAUUAGAUCUGUUCUUUAUAACUAAACUAAUUGCUUUAGUUCAGCUAUAAAAAAUAGACUUAUAACAUUUAAAGAAAAAAAAAUAUCAGAAUGUUAUAUAUUAUUAUAGUUAUCUUUAGAAACUUAAAAAAGAAAACAGAUGUGAUUAAGCACACAGUCUGCAAUCGUGCAAUAUAAUGAGAAUUUACAAAAUUAUACUCGAUUAUAUAUAUUAUUUAUAAAGUUGACGCGCGAGCGCGAACCAAUUUAACACCAUGACAUGACCCGAUCCAUUAUCAUGACAGUAGAUUACAUUUACAAAUGAAACAGUGCACGUCCAAUCAGAUAAUAAAAAAAAGUAUUAAUGACGUACAAAUAACAUUAUAUAGUCGUAUGAUUAUUGUGCGCGACAUGAUAUAAGUGUAGACUUAUACAAAAAUAUAUAUAUAGGGUGUUUAUUUGAUAAGUUUCCAUCUUGUUUAUCUAUAACCGAGCUUUUGCAAAAAAUGCCAAGAGAUGUUAAUUUUGUUUUCAAGAGGCAUAAUUUCAACUGAGAAUAACUACCCCGAAAAGGCACUGUUGAAUUUAUCGCAUAUUUAUUAUAAGUCCCUUUUGAAAACAAAUUUGAUAUCUUUUAUUAAUAUUCUUUGCAAGCCGAUUACAAAGUAAAUAGGAUGGAAACUUCUCAAAUAAACACAUCCUAUAUAUAUAUAUAUAUAUAUAUAUAUAUAUAUAUAUAUAUAUAUAUAUAUAUAUACACACAUGAAUGCAUAUCUUUACAGUAUGCGAAAAGGGGCGCGAAAGAAGUAAAUAUCGUCUAAUAUGCGUCGUUUUCGCACAAAUCGCACUAAUAGCUGUAUAUCCAAAUGUUGCAUUAUAUAAUAUUAUUAUGUUUGAUACUGAUUCACAAGAUUUGUUUGAUAUUUCUUAUAUAUCGAUGUUUUGCGCAGCGAUGUAUACUUGCAUGAGAAAAAGAAAAGAUAAAAGCAGAACCCGAGAUUCUGUUUUGAUACAAAAUUCUAUAAGACAACGAACUAAGAAUCUAAUCUGUAUAUGAAAAUUUUAAGUAUUUGCUGUGAAGUUUGUAUAAGCGAUGCGGACAUUAUUAUCAUAUACAAUGAAAGAUAUACAUAUAUUAUAUAUAUGUAUAUUAUUAUAUAUAUGUAUGUGUGUGCAUAUGUGUGUAUUAUGCGUGCGUAUAUAUAUAUAUAUAUAUAUAUAUAUAUAUAUAUAUAUAUAUAUAAACACAUACACACACACGUAUGGAACUACAUUUUUUUAUGACGUUUAUCUACUUCCGGUGCUCAAAAGUAGGAUAAUAAUAAUAUACUUAUGGAAUUAAUAUAUUUAACUAAUAUAUUUAAUUAAUAUAUGAGACUUUUGCGCGCAUGAAAUAUAUAUGCUACAAUUACGUGAUAUCACGCAAAUUUACUCCCGAAUCGAAGUAUAUGAUACAAAAUAUGCCACCAUAUAUAGUUUUAGAGUAAGAUUUUACCACGCAAGAUAUUGAAGAUAGCGAUUUCAGUCCCGAUAAAGUUUCAUUCAUGUAUAAUGCUUCCUUUCUGCAAUAGAAAAAUGGAAAAUGCUAUUUAAAAGUUACUGAUACGCAAUUAUUAAAUGACACACUGAUUGCGCUUCGUGCACGAAUAGAAAAUAUGAUACUUAUUAAGUAAAUGAUAAGAUAUAUUUCAUGUGUGUGUAUGUGUGUGUGUGUGAUAAAUGAUUGGAACAUAGGACAUAUGCAAUUUGAAAUAUUAAUAUGAGCAUAAUUCCAUGCUUUCUCUUUGCGAUAUUUCGACAUUUCUAAAUCUAUGUUUAUCCAGAUAAAAAUCAUGUGAUGCAUUUGAAAGCUGUAAUGUUAUUAUGACAAUGUACUUGAUAUCUUGUAUGUACAGCUUCUAUUAUUUAUAUAAGCUAUGCUUUAAAAUGCAUUCGGGUACACAAGAAUGCAAUAUAUACAAAUAUUCGGGAAGGAAAGGAAUCUUUCCAAAACCCACAUGUGACUUGAUAACUUUCCAAGAUGAUGGGCAUAUAAUGCCGUGAUAAGUAUUUGAUUUGUUUCGUUAUGCAACUGGUUAACAAACUGAGCUUCGGCAUCGUCGAGAUGUUGACUCUCUCGAAUUUUAUUUUCGAGUUACAUUUGUGAUAUUAGUUUCCUUAAAUAACAAUCUUUGCACUGCCUAUAUAUAUAUAUAUAUAUAUAUAUAUAUAUAUAUAUAU